AUGGUCAUCUAUUCCGACACGUGUAAGAAACACCUACAGCAGAUUCAAGUUGUGUUCCAGACACUUGGAAAAGCCAAAUUUUGUAUCAAUCCUAAGAAAUGUUUCUUUGGAUUGCACAAGGCCAUGUGUUUAGGCUACCUGGUGGGUGGUGGUUCAAUCAAACCACAGUAUUCCAUAUUGAAGUGGCCCUGUCCAAAAACCAAGUGGCAGGUCCAGGACUUUCUUGGUUUGACUGGGUACUACCACCAGUUUAUACCCUUGUUCUCCAAGCAUGCAGUGCCUUUGAUGAAUUUAGCAAAGAAACGGACCCCUAACAACGUGGUAUGGGAUAGUAAAGCAGACACUGCAUUUUAUGACCUAAAGCAGGCCCUUACAUCGACACCUGUUGUAAUGGCUACUAACUUUUCUCUACCUUUUAUCCUCCAGAUUGACAGUUUGGACACGUGUUGA